ACAAACUUCCAAAGAAACAAAUUUAGUGUUCUUGAUUGGCUCCCUGUUUCUAUAGCAACCAGGUUAGAAUGGCCAUUAAAAUGAACCAUCUAGAAUGUUUUUGGAGACGAGCCUGUCCCCAUCCCAGGGUGCUGGAAGCUAACAAUAAAGGAGUAAAGGGAAACCGCUAGUUAGUGCCGCCAUCGUUUCGAGAGUUUGGCUUCACUGAGAUUUGCCAAAGCUUUGAAGAGACGUAAACACGUCUUCCUUGAAUAAAGUUACCACAGUUAUAUUCCUCAACUAUUCCAUCAUUAUCCAACUGAGAGUUCCCAAGGCACGGUAAAAGUAGUGUCUCUUUUAAGCUAUCCGGUCACUUAAGCACAAGAGUCAAAACAGUGUUCUUCUUUGACAUGGAACUACUACUUGGAGGAUUCUCUUGCUCUGAAGAAGGGAAGAUGGACAGGAAAUUGAGAUUUCAUCAUCCUUCAUCCCCGGAGUCAGAAGGAAUGCUACGUUUGGAAUUCCACUUUUUGUUACUUCUGGAGAAGUUUUGAAAGAGGCCAUUCGUAAAGAUAGCCGAUCAGCUUCCCUGGAUUUCGCUGACGACACAAGAAAGCUGUGCUUGAAGAUGGAAACACUGGAGUCGGAACUGACCUGCCCUAUCUGUCUGGAGCUGUUUGAAGACCCACUGUUGCUGCCCUGCGCUCACAGCCUCUGCUUCAACUGUGCGCAUCGUAUACUCGUCUCCCACUGCGCCUCCAACGAAUGUGUUGACUCCAUCACCGCCUUCCAGUGCCCCACUUGCCGUUAUGUCAUCACCCUCAACCAGCGGGGUCUAGACGGGCUGAAGCGCAACGUGACGCUGCAGAAUAUCAUCGACAGGUUCCAGAAGGCUUCGGUGAGCGGGCCCAAUUCCCCCAGCGAGACCCGGCGCGAGCGGGCGUCGGACGGCGGCAGCAUGACCUCGAGCGAGAAGGUUCUCUGCCAGUUCUGCGACCAGGACCCCGCCCAGGAUGCCGUGAAGACCUGUGUCACUUGCGAGGUGUCCUACUGCGAAGAGUGCUUGAAAGCCACUCACCCGAACAAGAAGCCCUUCACUGGCCACCGCCUCAUAGAGCCCAUCCCGGACUCUCACAUCAGAGGGCUCAUGUGCCUGGAACACGAGGACGAGAAAGUGAAUAUGUACUGUGUGACCGACGACCAGUUGAUCUGUGCCUUGUGUAAGCUGGUUGGGCGACACCGGGAUCAUCAGGUGGCGGCUCUGAGCGAGCGAUACGACAAGUUGAAGCAAAAUUUAGAGAGUAACCUCACCAACCUCAUUAAGAGGAACACGGAGCUGGAAACCCUUUUGGCUAAACUCAUUCAAACCUGCCAGCAUGUAGAGGUAAAUGCAUCCCGACAAGAAACUAAACUCAUGGAGGAAUGUGAUCUUCUCAUUGAAAUCAUACAGCAAAGACGACAAAUUAUUGGAACCAAAAUCAAAGAAGGGAAGGUGGUCAGGCUGAGAAAACUGGCCCAGCAGAUUGCAAAUUGCAAACAGUGCAUUGAGCGCUCGACUUCUCUCAUCUCCCAAGCUGAACAGUCUCUAAAGGAGAACGAUCAUGCUCGCUUCCUCCAGACGGCUAAAAAUAUCACUGAAAGGGUAUCCAUGGCAACUGCAUCCUCACAAGUUCUAAUUCCUGAAAUUAACCUCAAUGAUACAUUUGACACCUUCGCAUUGGAUUUUUCCAGAGAGAAGAAGUUGCUAGAAUGUUUGGAUUACCUGACAGCUCCCAAUCCUCCAACCAUCAGAGAAGAGCUGUGCACAGCUUCCUAUGACACCAUCACUGUCCACUGGACGUCCGAUGAUGAGUUCAGCGUGGUUUCAUAUGAGCUUCAGUACACUAUCUUCACUGGACAAGCCAAUGUAGUUAGUUUGUGUAACUCAGCCGACAGCUGGAUGAUUGUUCCUAACAUCAAACAAAACCACUACACAGUGCACGGGCUACAGAGUGGCACCAAAUACAUCUUUAUCGUCAAGGCUAUUAAUCAGGCUGGCAGCCGGAACAGUGAGCCUGGCAAGCUGAAGACAAACAGCCAGCCAUUUAAACUGGAUCCCAAAUCUGCCCACCGCAAACUCAAGGUGUCCCAUGAUAACCUGACGGUUGAACGUGACGAAACCUCGUCCAAAAAGAGUCAUACGCCGGAGCGGUUCACCAGCCAGGGGAGCUACGGAGUGGCUGGAAAUGUGUUCAUCGAUAGUGGGCGCCAUUACUGGGAGGUGGUCAUAAGUGGAAGCACAUGGUAUGCCAUUGGUCUCGCUUACAAGUCAGCACCGAAGCACGAGUGGAUUGGGAAGAAUUCUGCCUCCUGGGUGCUGUGUCGUUGUAACAAUAAUUGGGUGGUGAGACACAACAGCAAGGAAAUUCCAAUUGAGCCCGCCCCCCACCUCCGACGCGUGGGCAUUCUGCUGGACUACGACAACGGCUCCGUCGCUUUUUAUGAUGCUUUGAACUCACUCCACCUUUAUACUUUUGAUAUUACGUUCGCCCAGCCCGUGUGUCCCACAUUCACUGUGUGGAAUAAAUGUUUGACAAUUAUCACGGGCCUUCCAAUACCAGAUCACUUGGACUGCACGGAGCAGCUGCCGUGAUUGUGGCAGGACGGAAAAGGAGCUAAUGCUGAGGUUGGGGCGCUGCAGGAGCCCAGCCCACAAGAGGUUGACCAGAACUCUUCAGCUAUAUGGGGGCAUAAAAGGUGUCCAUAAAUUAGCCCAGAUGGGGCUGGAAAGAGGACUCUCUCACUCUCUCACUCUCCACAGCGUGUUUUGUAUUAAAGGGCAGGAAAUGGCUUUAAUAAUUUCUUGGAACACUUUUUGUAUUUACAGGAAGAUUUAUAGAUUAUUUAUAAAAGAAACCCAAUCUGGAUUACAACUCUUUGGAAUUAUUUGGUUUUGCACGUUAAGAGCCCAUUUACUCAAGUUUUACCAGCCCACUACACAUUUUUUUCAUCACGGCCUAAGUGCUUGGGAAAAAGAAAAAAUUCAGUCGGAGCAAGUUUCAUCCAUGCUCUUGCUUCAUCGAAUCCCAGACUCACCCAGUGUAAACUUGUAGCUGAGGAUGGGCAGUUUGAGGAGAAAAACUACUCAGAAGACAGGCUAAAUGGUAAAACGAAGAGGAAGGAUUCUCUUUCCCUGAAUAGUAAAUAGGGAGGCAUAUUCCUCCUUUAAAAAGAAAAGAUGCUAAAAUUGCUCUUAAAAAAGUGUGCAAUCACCUGGUGGUGAGCUAGAACAAAUAGCAAGGUUGAGGCUGGAAACUCCUUGUUCUGGGAAAACAACUGUUUUGCUGCUCAGAGAUUUAGACCCUGAAUCAGCAGAGGCUUUGAAAAUGCAUAAUAUCCCUGCUCUACUCCCAGUUCCCACCAGAGAGUACUCAUGGCAUUAAUCACUGGGGAAUGCAUGGUGAGCAUUUAGAGCAUGACUGGAUUGGGCCUGCACAGUCGGGAACAUCGACGCAUCCAAAUUUGCAAUCAAGGAUGAUUUGUGUUUGUCAGAAAUUGGAUUACUUUUUUUAUAGCGCAGGGAAAUCUACGUUGUUGCUCCAUUUAAUGUCUUCCCUCGGGUCCAUAAAGCAUUUUCCUUCACAUUUAAUAGUCUCUCACCUAUAGUAUUUUCUUAGUCUCUUGAGAGAAAGAAAUGAACCUUAUUCCAUGAUAAAUGGAAACAACAAAAAGACUCAGUUCCACUAACAAGUAUGUGAGCACGUAUCACCAAUAUGUAGUGCCUAGGGCAGUGCACCUAACAGCCUGAAUCUCCAUUUUGAUGAUUUAUGGUUUUUAUCGGGUUUAAAUGACAAUACAUGUCCCUACAUUUGUGGAAAAUGGACUUCGAUCCCAAAAACCUGUUUUUAGCAAAAUUAAAUCUCGUUAUGCUAGGACCCUCCAUCGAGGUUUUAGAAAUCAAGUUGACUAUCAGUGUUUCGGUGGCACAAUAUAAACCAAGUAUUGGCUGCAUUCUUUGAAGAGGGGUUACUAAACAUUGAAUUGAUUACAUUGACUCUCCCUCUCUGGGUCUUUUUUUAAAAAAAAACCUAAAAACAAAACAAAAACAGAGGUGGGAUUUAUGUUCAAUCCUGGUCUGAGGAAGGGAGUGAGAUUAGGUGACAUCACUUCCAAACCAAUGACUCUAGGAUUAUUUGUGACUCUAGAAGGAAUACAGCGUCAGCAUCUUCCCCAUUAUUACAGAGGUCCCGUUCAGUGUUUUUCACUUGAUCCCGAUAUACCUAAAGGAUUACUGUGGGAGACUGGGGAAGAAAUGUUUAAAUGUAGAGAAGAAAUACUUUUUAAGAGUUUCUGAGGAAAUUUACAUUUUUUUCCUACAGUUCACAUCUAUCUUAUGCAACAAUGAAUUCAGACUUGAUUGCCUCUCCAAUUUUACAUAUCACUUUAGUUCUCGGUAAAGGAUGUUUUAAUGCACUUUGUUCACUAAUGGGCUCUAAAUAAAAGAGGUUCAAAAUUGAUUUUUAAAAUAUUCACUAUCCAGGUACAGAUAAGUGCUACAGUCUGCCUUAUAACACAAACAUAAAAGAAGCUGGUGAGAAAGAUAAUGGAUAUAUGCCUACAAUUUUUUUUCCCAACAUUGAGAAAUUAUAGUUUAAGUAUCUACCACAAGCCAUUUUGAGCAUGCCUUGAUUGAUUUUUUUUUUUAGUGGGAAAAGUUGGUUAUAAAUAUCACUGUUUUCUGUCACAGAAACAUCAGUGCAGACACUGUUCGCUGGUCAUUUCUGAGUUAACAUAUUUAAAGGAAAAGUAUGUAUAUACCGAAAUGUUACAGUGUUUACUUUAAUGGCUAGAGUAGAGAAAAGAUUCCCACAGGGGUUUGUUUUUUUUUUUUUUAACAACUGAAAAGUAUAUUCUGUAAACAGAUGCUGCAGUACAAGCACAACUUAGUGCACUCUGAGAGGAUUGGGUCAUCCAGUUUUGUGUUUUUUUUUAAUGCAGCUGUGAUAGUAUUCAAUUCACAGAGAAGUAAUGCAGGACAGGGGAUGCAGGAAAUGGAAGAGUUGCCAACAACAAAUGAAAUGGGAGAACGGGAUUGAUGCUGAUCCAACUGAAAAGAUUACUGCAACACACAGUACCUGGCCAUAAAGCACCUCUUUCCCCGAUGGAUAAGACAUGAAAUGAAUCUAGAAGCAAUAGAGAAAAAUAAGCCAACAUCUGACAGGACAACCCAAGCAAGAAUCCACAUGGGAUGAAAUGAAAACCGGAGGGUUUGUCCAACUUUUGUUAUUUUUUUAAUUUAAUUUCAGACAUGGACGAUGUGUGUGAAGACUGACAAUGGUUUCUAAUGGAAAAGAGAAAAAGGCCUGCUUAUCUACAAAAAUAAUCUUUGCUCUGGGUUGCUAUUUUAACACUGAACACUUCAUUGUGAGCCAAACCAUGUUCUUUGAGUGUACUGUUAAUUCAAUUAUGUUCAGUAUGUGUGUCUCUAUAUAAGUACAUCUAUGUGUGUACACAAACACACGCAUACUGUAUUUGUGUAUAUAUAUAUGAGUGCAGGUUCAUGGGGGCAAUUUAAAUGUCUGGCCUUUCCCUUUUUGCUUGUGUGUGGAAGCACUAGGUAUAAGACCGACAGUGACUGGAGAAGGAAAAAGUUUUUUUAAAAAAAAACACAAAAACAAACACAAAAGUUCUGUUUAUUUUAAUUGAUUCACCAUCUGAUUAUACAAUAAAAGCAUCGGUUGAAAAA